UACCCUGGAGGCCCUCGCGGCAACACAUCCAGCAACACAUCCAGCAACACAUUCAGAAAGACAUUCAGAAAUAUGGCCACCAUUAUCGACAGUCGACUCAAGUACCGCGUUGGUUCCCCCAUGCUUCCAGCAUUACCCGUUGUGACAUGGCCCCUUCAUAAUGUCGAGGCGAAGUUUCCAGAUCGGCGUACCCACCUAGAGCGGAUCCAAGGAAUCCUUGACCAAAAUGGAAUUACACCCAAGUUCACAAAGGUCGCAUAUCGCUGGCAUCCAGAAUCUGAGCUUCACGAUAAGUACAUCACUAUCACCACAUGGGCAACCUACCAACCUGACAGCGACGUCACGUGGCCAACGGCUGUACGACAGAUUCGAGAAUAUCUAAACCAAGCGGACAUACACCAUGCGAUUGAAAUUAUCGACGAUGUCAUUUCCGCGAAUUUAAGAGGCUUCCCGGUUGCAACCGACAUCUACCAGUGGAAUGAGGUGCUCCUACCCGUCAUUUGUAACCUUAUAAAUGGCCGCCAAUGGACCACUCUUGACAUGGUGUAUCGAAAAGAUGCCAAAGCGUCCGGCAACGUGCGACCAAGAGUCCCUGGCAACAUGCGACCAACAGUCCCUGGCAACAUGCGACCAACAAUUGUCAUCGGCGCGCGCGAUGCUGAUGAACAGUAUUGGUGGGACGAGAUUUUGCCCGCGAUAAGACAGUUACCUCAGGUAGCUCAAUCCAACAUACAGGUUGAGUUGCUGUAUCGCAGUCGAUUCAUCGCAGCCGCACGUCGCGCCGUCUUAGGCCCUGACGCCAUCUCACUACAAAAUGCCUUCAAUUAUGGCUGGAUAGAACUUGGCGCAUCGUGUGGGAAUGGCGAACGCACUGGGACACUCGGGGGAAGUAUGCGUUUAAAGAAUCCGGACACUGGCGUAGAGCUCAAGUUUGGAAUUACAAACCACCAUGUCCUUGCCAACCAACUCACUGGUAAAGGCCCGUUUACAACUUUCGAAGACCCCAUCAAAGUUGAAUCUCCGAGCGGCUCAGAUCGCGAUGCCUACAUAAAGGCACUAAAAAAUAGGAUCGAAUGCCUAAGGCACGAGAUGGAUAGGGGAAUGCUCGCCAGUCCGGUGAGGCUUCAAGCGCUGGAAGAUGAGCUGGCACGAGUUCAAAGCUUCGAUUUGUACGUUGGCCAAGUAUUUGCUAGCUCAGGCUUGCGCACGGCUCAACACAAGAGUCGUGAUAAAACCCCGACGGAUGCGUGGGCUCUGGACUGGUGUCUGACGACAAUUGACAAACGAGCUACUCCCGCCGGAUUUCACGGUCUUGCGUCUAUCGGAUGGAAAGAGGUGAUAGGAUAUUGCAGCCUUGAUCCUGGCCAAGGAUAUCGUGUCUUCAAGAAAGGGAGGACGUCAGGUGGUACGGCUGGAUUCACCUCUGCCACAGAGUCCGUGGUCCAGGUUCUAGUGCCAAAGCAUGAAGACGGGUUGACAGCUCCACUGACGGAUGCGGAUAUGAUUCCUGCCCCAAUUCGCUGCCAUGUUAUGAUGGGUGAUCGGCGUACUGGUCGCAAUGGAACAUUCAUAGAGCCUGGAGAUUCUGGGAGUCUAGUAUUGCUAGAUCCUAAUGAUUUCGCCCUGGAAGAGGAGGAUUUCGCCCCGGAAGAGGAGGACAUAAUGCACUCGACCACUACAAAAACCCUUGAAGGGGAAGACAAACACGAGGCGUUGAUCGCCGGACUUGCACUUGGCAGCCACGAGGAAUUACGACUGUCGUACAUGGCGCCGAUGGAUCUGGUGGUUCAGGAUAUCGAAUCGGUCACGGGCUGGAAGGUAGUCGAGCCAACAUUUGCCGGCGUCGUCAAGCGCGACAAGACAACAUCGCCACCUUAGUGUCCCGCCCUUUCCAUUCGAGCUUCUCACGCUGUCGCGUUAGAGAAGAUUCUCGAGUUUCCGAAAUAUGGCGAAAGGAUACGGCAACGGGGGCUGUACAAGGUGCAUGAGAAGGGGUAAUUUUCGACGCGGUCACACGGCCGGUAGCUACUAUAACAGCUUAUCAUAGCCUUACGUAGCUACUUCUAAAUUGAU